AUGGCAACGACAACAACAGAGACGAAGAUGCUCACAUUGUGCACGUCCGACAAGCAAAAAUUCCAGAUCGAAGAGACGAUCGCUCUCCAGGCCGUGACGAUCAGGAACAUGGUCGAAGACGAAUGCGCUUCCAACGUGAUUCCCUUGCCCAACGUCAACAGCAAAAUUAUGAUUCAAAUCAUAGAAUAUCUCAAGAAGCACGUAGACUCAUCGGUUUCGAAGGAAGAUAUGGAGAAAUUCGAUUCUGCUUUUGUCGAAAAGAAACUGUCGGAGAUUUUUGAUAUAAUCUUGGCUGCCAAUUAUUUGAACAUCAAGAAUUUGCUGGAUAUUUGCUGUCAGAGAGUUGCUGAUGUGAUGAAGAAUAAGUCGCCGGAGUGGGUUCGCCGGACAUUCAACAUUGUGAAUGAUUUCACCGCCGAGGAAGAGGCGAAAAUCCGCAAGGAACACGAAUGGGCGUUCGAAGGAGUAGACGAAGAUUAA